AUGGACAAAGAGUAUCUACACAAACAUUUCGGCGAACAAGUAGACUUCGAUAAAGUUGAAGAAGGGUGGAAUGAUAAAGCUUCUGGUGAAUGGGUUCCGAAAAGUCAGAUGUGGAAUAUCCCUGCUUUAAAACUCGCGCUCAAUGGCUUACGAUCAACUACCACCAACGUCGAAGUUGUGAUAGUCAGUCAUGGAAGCGUCCUCAGAGAACUCACUAACGGGAGGGGAGAUUGGCGAUCUGGCGAAGUCCGCAGCUAUUUAAUUGAUGAUAAUGGGAAACCUUUUCUCUUUCUAGAUAAGGGUGGUCUCGAAAUCCACUCCCAACCAACGGGGCCUUCAAUUCUUGCAAAAACCUUAACACACAAGCCUUCGGAAUCUUCUGAGAAAGCCCAUGCAGUAAAAAUGAAGGUGGUUAUUCAAAUCGUUGCAAAGGAUACCUCGAAAAAUACCAAGGAGGAGAUACUGAAAGUUUUGAAGAGAUGUGAGACUGACGUGGAUGCAUUAUUCAAGAUUUUUCAGGAGGAACUUCAGCCGACCAAAGUCGAGGGCGGUGACAUUGAGGGCGUCAAAGCACGACCAAUAAUUGUGUUGAAGCAAGGACCAAUAACGAAACAGCCGAUGAGAUACCAAUAG